AUGAGUCACUUUCUCUCGUCUUCGCUUUCGCUUCGCCUGCUCUUCUCUUCGACCUCUGCGUCCCAGCCAACCAAAACAGCCAGCUUUGUCCAUGAGCUAUCAGAGUUCAGCUGUCUUUGUCAGCAGAUGCAUCACCUCUCUCUCGCUCUCUUCCCACUCUUCCUCUCUCCUGCUAUCAUCAACUUCUGCCUCCUGCAUCUACGCUGCCUUUCGUGCCAGUCUACCGCUCUGUUUGCCAACACCGCUACCACCCAGCAACUUACAUACAAAAAAUCAGCAACCAUGCGAUCGAAGUUCAAGGACGAGCACCCGUUCGAGAAGCGCAAGGCAGAAGCUGAGCGCAUCCGCCAGAAAUAUGCAGACCGCAUCCCCGUUAUCUGCGAGAAGGUCGAGAAAUCAGAUAUCGCCACUAUCGACAAGAAGAAAUAUCUCGUUCCUGCAGACCUCACCGUCGGACAGUUUGUAUACGUCAUCCGCAAACGCAUCAAGCUCUCUCCGGAGAAGGCCAUCUUUAUCUUCGUCGACGAAGUCCUUCCGCCAACUGCCGCUCUCAUGAGCAGCAUCUAUGAGGAGCACAAGGACGAGGACGGCUUCCUAUACAUCACAUAUUCCGGUGAAAACACAUUCGGAAGCUUCCCCGAGCUGCAGUAA